AUUUAAGAUUGAUUAAUGAAUAGCUUAUUAUUACUAUCGUUAUUGAUGCAAUAUAUUUCAAUUUUUAACCUUUUAGAGCACCGCAAUUGGUUCUACAGAGUAUUUUGCAGUGGAGGUGUUGAUCCUGAAGACAUAAACAAUCCUUUAGACAACAAAGAACACGGUUUCAUGGUAUUCUUCAGAGAUUCCUUUGCAAAGUUCCUCAACAACGGACUAGUCAAAACGCUAAUAAUUUUCAUCUUCGGUUUCUACCUCCUUGGUGCUUUCUAUGGAGUUACUAAAAUUGAAGAAGGAUUGGAACGAAGAAAAGUUGCCAAAAAAGAUUCCUACGCUAUCGAAUUUUUCGAUCGAGAAGACGAUUAUUAUAGAGAAUUUCCUUAUAGGAUUCAAGUUAUUGUUGAUGGCGAAUACGAUUAUUCUGAUCCCCACGUACAAUUUAUGGUGGAAAAUUUGACGCAAACGUUUGAAAAUACUUCCUACAUUUCUAAUCCGCUUUAUACCGAGUCUUGGUUAAGAAGUUUUUUGCAGUACAUUAACGCCAACGCAGAAUACUUAAAUGUGUCGAUAAAUACACCUACGGAGUUUAUAAAAGUCUUAAAAGAGCAUUGGCUUUAUCCGGCAAGUGCAUUUUCUUUAGACGUCAAGUUCAAUGAAGCCGGCGACAAGAUAAUUGGAAUGAGAUUUUUGAUCCAAGCCGUUAACAUAUCCGGCACCGAACACGAAAAGGAAAUGGUUAGAGCAAUAAGACAACUCUGUAAGGAUUCUCCUUUAAACGUUACUGUUUUUCAUCCUUAUUUUGUCUUCUUUGAUCAGUUUGAAUUAGUUCGUCCACUUUCCAUUCAAAACAUGAUCUUAGGAGCGAUUGUAAUGAUGAUAAUUUCAUUUUUAUUCAUUCCAAACAUUCUUUGUUCCAUCUGGGUGGCUUUUAGUAUAAUUUCAAUUGAAACUGGAGUAAUCGGUUACAUGGCUUUAUGGAAAGUAAAUUUGGAUUCGAUUUCGAUGAUUAAUUUAAUAAUGUGUAUAGGAUUCAGCGUUGAUUUUACCGCUCACAUUUGCUACGCUUACAUGUCAUCGAAAGCAAAACACCCAGAUGAAAGAGUUAAAGAGUGUCUUUACGCUUUGGGGCUUCCAAUUUUUCAAGGAUCUGUUAGCACAAUUUUAGGAAUGGUUGCGUUAUUAUUAGCUGAUAAUUACAUAUUUUCGGUUUUCUUUAAAAUGGUGUUUUUGGUAGUUUUUUGUGGAGCGAUGCAUGGAUUAUUUUUACUUCCGGUUUUAUUGUCGUUAUUUGGACCAGGAGCUUGUAGUAGAAGUAAUAAAUCAGAGAAAGAACUUCCAUCGAUAGAUAGCAACCUUCCAAGGCCGUAUUAUAUUCCACAUCCGCAAUUAACUUUAAACCCGAUGCAUUUAACGUCGAAUUUAAAACUCCAAAAUUUGCCGGAAGUUAAAAAAGAAAGGCGCUCCCGAGAAUUGGAUAAAGAUUUAGGUUUGGGAACCUCGGAAGAAAAUUCUAGCGAAUCCAGUUCGAAUAGAUCUAAUAAUAACAAUAAGAAUGCUGUGCAAGAAGAGGAAAUGAUCGAAAGGAUUUAUAAGGAAAGAUGGAGGAGAAACUCUUUGUCUGAUUACCCUCAAUGCGAAUUUCAUUCAUCGCAAGUUUUGGAUCUUUACACUCCAGAUUGGGAAAACACCCGCGAAAGAAAUAUAUCGCAAUAUCGAAGCCAUCAUUACCAAAAACCACCACAUAAAAUUACCCCCGCUGAUUAUAGACGGAGGUAUUCGCCACCUGAACACGUUUAUUAUCGAAAUCCAAAUUUAGUUCGAUCAAAUUCUUAUCAAAACCUAAAUCCAUCGUUUAUUAAGGAAUUACGAUUUCCUUGACGAAAAAAAUAUAUUUUUAGUAGUUGGUUAUAGAAAUUGAGUCUUUUAUCGUAUUUGUUUGGGAUUAGUAAAACUAGAGUAAUAAAUAAAGAAAAGAAGAAGACAGUUUAGUGAUUAAAAAACAUAUUUUUGUAAUAAUGCAACAUUAUCAGUGAUAAAAUUUGAAGUGCUAAAGAACAUUUACGGGUCGCUCUGCUAAGAAACGUGCCUUAGUGAAAAAAAGGUGUUAAUUUUUCAAUCGUGUUUAAGAAUAAAAAUGUCUCAAAUAUUUUUAUUUAAGUUAUUAAUGUGUAGAGAAAAUGAAUACCUAUUUUAGUUUUUGAUAAAAUUUAUUAUAACUCGAUUCGAUUUACGAUUGCGAUAAUAUAGGAAUUAUUUGUCAUGUUUAUAGAAAAUCAAUAAAGAUGUGGCA